AUGGCCUUGGCAGAGAAAGUACUCAGGAAAGUUAACAAGUUGAACUUGAUUCCAAAGACCAUCAGACUACUACCUCGUCUUUCUUUCGGUUUGGCAGUUUUGAGUAUACUAUGGCUAGCAACCCUACCACAAGACGGAAACUAUCGAAAUUGCUACAUCUCAGAAAAUGCAUUGAUGCCAGGCCAAGUCAUGUCGUAUUUCAGAGAAAGCGAAUGGAACUAUGUUCGUGGGUAUAGACACGAGGUACACCAACUUGAACAACAACCAAUCGAGCUGCGCAAUGAAAUAAUUAGUCAAUGGUUACAAGAACUAGGUUUACCCGUGUCGCGACACCACAAUGGAUUCGCCAACGAUACAAUAUACUCUAUAAUGCAUGCUUCGCGAGGGGAAAACACCGAGGCUAUGGCAUUAGUGGUACCGUGGGUGAAUUCAGAUGACGAGUUGAACGAGGGGGCGAUUUCACUUGGUAUGGCAUUGAUGCGGUAUUUCCAGCGUAUCUCCAUCUGGUCGAAAAAUAUCAUUUUCGUCAUUCCACCUGACGGUAAGCAGAGUUUGAGAUCGUGGGUGCAUGCUUAUCACACGAGCUUGGACGAUACUGCAGGAUCGAUUGAGGCAGCUAUAAUCAUGGAAUAUGGUAAACAAGGAGAUGGUUUUGAGUACUACGACAUGUUUUAUGAAGGUUUGAAUGGACAAUUGCCCAAUUUGGAUUUGCUCAACACUGCAAACCAAAUAGGUCAAGGCGAGGGAAUCAGCUGUAGUUUGCAAGGUAUCAGUGAUCGAGGAAUCAAUUUCACAAGCCGAUUAAAAACUUUAUUUGCUGGAAUUUGGAGGUUGGUGGUUGCUGGAUCUAGAGAUGUUCAUGGCCACGAGGCAUUUUCUGGCUGGCAGAUCCAGGCUUUCACAAUAAAAGCCAAAGGAACACAAGGACAUGAUGUGACUCAGUUUGGUCGAAUUGUGGACUCCACGUUUAGAUCGGUCAAUAACUUGUUGGAAAAAUUUCACCAAUCAUUCUUUUUUUACUUGAUGUUGAGUCCCAAGCAUUUUGUUUCUAUUGGAACUUAUUUACCUAGUGCUGUUAUGUUGGCAGUGGCUUACGCAUUUGGUGCAUUGAAUGCCAUCUUGAACUCGGGUAUAGAUGUGCUGCAAAUCACAAACAACUUGAGCAAAUUGUUGACCAUUGCAGUGGCAGCUGAAGUCAUUUGCGUUGUUUUAUCAUUCAUCAUACCCCAAUCACCAUUGGAGAUUUUGAAUCACCUCCCAUUAGCACUCCUGGCGUUGCCCACAGUUGUUGUGAAAACACAGAACCUGCAUUCUUGCAAUACAACAGGCUUUGCCUUGAUUGGAUUGGCAUUGUUGAUCAUUGCAUUUUUGAUAACCGCGUUGUUGAUUGUCCAUUUCGCAUUGGCUUUUACAAUUGGUGUAUUGGCAAUCCCUUUAACAUUUGUUCCCACCGUGAUUCAAAAGAAUAGAAAAUUGGCUGUAUUGUGCUUAUUCGUCUCCAAUCCAUUCUUUGUUUUUGUCGUUGCCAACGGGUACCUUGGUGAGAAUUUCUUUGUCAAUUUGAUCACGUCAUGGAUUCAAUUACAAAGUUGGACUUGGUUGGUUGUGAUUUUAGGGUGGUUUCCAUCGUGGUUAAUGAUUGCUUACGCUACAACCGUGAUCACCACCACCACCACCACUACUACUACUACUACUUUUCAAGUUGAGGUCACUCAAGAAAAGGAAAAGACGCAGUGA